UAUAUAAAAGUAAAUUAAAACCUCUCAACACAGAUAAUAAACACAUACAAAAAAAAAUAACAAUAACCAGAACAACAACAGCAACAAAAUGAUGAAACGCUUCAUGCAGCUUUUGUUUCGUCAAAGAAAAGUUUCUCUCAGUUUCGUGAACUAUGCGGGGAUGUGUUACACUAUAGUACUGUCAGCGGUGGCUGUUCUAGUAACCACCCUUAUUUAUAUUCCCUUUUUAUAUUCACAUCAUACCAUCACAUUCAGGGCACUCACACUAUGGACAUGGUUUAUUUUCGGCAACCUUGCCGCCAAUUAUGUGCUAAUGUUGUUGUCGUCGACGAAAUCUGUGUACCGUGGCAUUAAAGUGACCAACCCCAUGAUGGCGUCGGCGUCGUCUUCACUGCCUAUGUCAACCUCACCAUCUCUGUCAUCAUCAUCAUCAUUAUCGUCAUCGUUGUUAUUGUCUUCGUCAUCAUCAUCAUCGCUGAACCGGGGUGAAGUAGUUCAUACAAAAACCGAUUGUGCAAGCACCGGUUACUACCACUCAAGCACAGCAUCACUUUCGUGGCCGACAUCAGCGUCCGGCUCGGUGCUAGUUUCGGCGUUCGGUUCGACGGGACCGUCUCUUUCGAAGACAGGGUAUCUGGUUCAACCACAGCAGAGGCCAACACCAGCACCAACACUAGCACCACCGCCGCCAAAAACAUCGGCAAACUGGAAGUUCUGCUCUCUGUGUGACCACUACGCACCGCCACGUUCACGCCACUGUCCGUUUUGCCAGCGGUGUAUCUUACGUCACGACCAUCAUUGUCUAUUCACCGGCUGCUGUAUAGGAUUGUACAACCAGCGCUACUUCAUUGUGUUUUGUGUAUACGGUUGGAUUGGUUCGUUCAAGGCCGCAUCUCUAACCCUUCUCUACCUCAGCUACGUGCGGGGUUCGUCCCUCUAUACCUAUUUACCACCAAACGCCUUCUUCAACCUGCUCUUCGGAGAUCUCGACUUGAGUGUCUUCUGCAUUGCCCUGCUCCUCUAUCUGCUUUUCACCACACAUCUAGCCUGCACGUACUUCAUGUGCUGGCAACUGCUGUUACUAGCACGGAAACAGACCGCCAACGAGUACGUGAAAGGAAUGGCACCGUUGCAAAAAUCGUUUCGGCACCACGUGAAAUCUGUGUUCGGUCCUUACUGGUUACUCAACUUCAUCAUUCCAAUGUUCUGGACGAAUCCUUCAUCUGGAUAUUCAGGUUCGAGUCUGUUGUUAGACGCCCCCUUUACUGAUUUAAAACGGAUUUAAAUAGAAAGAGAAAACAAAGCGGAAAGGAAAGUAUGAAAUUAAAAUUAACGAAAAAAAAAAGACAACAAAAAAAAAAGAAAAAGAAAAAAUGAUGGAAACGUCUUUCAGUGUGUACACGUCCUUUGUAUUCACGAACAAUAACUAUAACAAGAACAUCACUAACAACAAGAACAAGAACAAGAACAACAACAAUAACAACCACUGCCAACAUAACAACAAAUAUAACAUCAAGAAUAACUACCACCACCACCACCGCCACCACCACCACAACCAUGACAACACCUACAACAACAACAACACUAAUAAGAACAACAACAAUAAUCACAAGAACAACGCGAAUAUCAGCAACAACCACAACUACAGCAUUACAAACAACAACAAAACUAAAAUAACAACUAAUAACAAAACAAUUAAAUCGUCAUAACUUACAAAAGCAACAACUGAGUCAAUAAUGAAAUAGUAAUAACAACACUAAUAAAACAAUGAUAUAACAACAAUAACAACAAUAUUCAGAACGAUAACAACAACAAAAUGAGUAAGGCGUGUAAAUAUAUACAUGUAAGUAUGUAUGUUUGUGUAUACACUUAAGUAUGAUUAAGAAUGUAUACAUGUAAUUAAGUGUGUACAUGUUAUAUAUAUGUCAUCGUAUCUAAGAAUUUAGUUUUUUCUUUUACUGAAUGCUUCCUUUUAUGGUGAUGGCAUUGAUGAGUCUGUGGACUAAUUCUUGCAGGGAAGAGUCGAUGGCAUUGACUGUAUAGUAAUCUUGGUGGAGGACGAGGUUGAUUUUGUCAAACCUUUCUCUCCUGUCGUUUGAUUUCUUCCUUUUCUCUUCUGGUGGCUUCGAGGUUUUUGGUUCCGAUGGUGAUGGAACCCCGCUACUUGGUACGGUCUCUGAUUUGUGUUUCAAACGAUUUAGGCUCAGUUCUAGUGGCUUUCAAUGUUGCUUUGAGUUGGUCCUUGUAUCUUCGAAGACGGGAACCCCGUCGUCUUUCCCCUGAAGUUAGCUCACUGAGUAAGACUUGGCGUGGGAAACUCGACUCUCCCAUUCUUACUACAUGUCCUAACCAUUAUCAGCGAUUCCAUACUUUUGACAUGUAGGUAUGUGUGCAGAUGUAUUCACAUAGCCCAUAGGGGCAGUAUCGCUCACUUUGGGAACCAGGGAUUUUCACACAUACCUACAUGUGUAUAUAUUUAUAUGAAUUGCUACCAGCAGACAUAUAUAUAUAUACGUAAAUGCUUACUUGUAAAUAAUUACACAUCCACAUGGUGACAUCUGCACAUGUCUACAUGUAUAACGUUUAUAGACUUGGUUACGUAUAUACAUUCUUAUUCAUAUAUAUGUGCAUACACACACAUACAUAC